AUGACAACGCAACCACCAUCCUCCACGCACAUGGCUCGCUGCCGCCUCAACCGUCAAAUUCGAGGGUGUGAGACGACAAUCUUCUUUUUACAUGGGGCUCGUCGGAUACGGGCACAAGAAACAUGCAGCUUCGGGCGCUUGUUUUCCUUUUUACCAUCUCUAUUUUCCUUUUUCAUUCCUUUUGCUUCCACCUUUCGGGCAAUGCGAUUUUGGGACGGGCUACAAAAAAUCUGGGAACUGGACUGGGAAAAGAACUGA